AUGCCUCUGAUGAACGUUGUGGAGCUUAAAACAAGGCUUAAGCGUUAUUCUAGCUACUUGGAUAUCGCACCAGCUCCUCAGGGAUUCAGGACGCCUCGGAUUCCAACGGAUUUGCGAAGGUGGCAACAUGCGCAACCCGAUGUAGUUACUGAGCUUGAAGUGAAACGAAACGCGCCUAAUUUUGUAGCAGUCCGAGUUGUGUCAAGCGGCCAAGUUGUUGAGCAGUUUUUGGUGGAUUUGGCGUGGAAGGUUAAUGUUCCAGAUUUGGAGGUGGUGCAGUUUUCCGCCCGAUUUCCCUCUAUCAUGUGCAAGUACUUGGUAUCGAAACGCGAAGGCAUUUCUAUGAAACGAUUUCAAAUGGGUUUUGGGAGCACAACAGAUUUCGAUAGGUGCUGCACUUUGUUCAGAGCAAUGGGGCUUACUGUGAAGACCGCUGGUGUGCUCCGUCCCGGGAACGGUGAUACCUUGGCGAGAGUCAAUAGCACAUUCAGUGGUCCAUAUUGUUCCACACCUCCAGGGUCUCGAAUGUUAAAACCUCUUAAGUCGGAUUCAAUUGGAGCUGGAACUAAUGGCUACACGCUGGAUUCCUUUUCGGGAGGUCUACCCUUCGCUCCGAACUGCACUGUUCACCAAGAGACCGAAAGUUUGGACACACAAAGUCUCUCUGGAGUAGUUUGUCACUCCCAAAAUCACGACUGCUCGGAGGAUAUGAGCCUUGUGCGCGAAAGUACCCACGCAGCCAUUAAUUGGGGAAUCGAGCAGCAAGUCCACCGGGAUGCCUUACUGGAAGGUCCACACAUGGGGCUUUCAGGAUACAAACCUGUUACGCAGAAGGAUGCGGCUAAUAUGAGCCAGCCAGAGCAGUGUGUAGAAGUUGAUAGCUGUGUCCCGGAUCAGGCUUUGCAAACUCGCCAACUUUCAAGUGUACCUCGAAUUUCGGGUAUGCUACCACUGUUAAGCACUGUCCAGACGGAGGCAAAACAUAUGCCGAUUCCUCAAGGUUCCUACAAUAUGAGCCAGAAAUCGAGUGACGCGCAGUCCACAGAUAUUCAGCCUCCUCGGGAAGUAUCGAAUAUGCCUACACCAACUUCCAAAUCUCCCACUGAACUUUACUCAUCGAAGCUCGCCCUGGCACAUCCACUAAAGGGACUUGCCGACAGGCGCUUGAAUGAAGGUCCCUUGGAGCUUGCAAAUCUGAAAAAGGCCGUUAAUACAACGUUGAGGCCGGAAAUAUCCCAAGAUAUGAUCAAAAACAAGCUCAAAGACCGUGGCUUCAGAGAUUGGGUAUGCGUGGUCAACAUGAAACCCCAAGCGUUUUUCACAAUCCCAUACUAA